ACAGUCGGAUCGCUGCAGAGACUGAAACACAGGGAGGAGCAGAGGCAGAGCGGGGGAGAAGACAGCAGGAGGUGAGUAGAGGAGGAGAUAUUUAAAGAGACGUUGGAGCAGCGGGAGAGGAGGAGAACAGGAGGAGGACAGGAGGAGAACAGGAGGAGAACAGGAGGAGGACAGGAGGAGAACAGAAGGAGGAGGAACAUGAACCAGCAUCAGCUUCCCGCCUGAGAACAAACCUUCUGUUCUAUGUAUGAGGUGAUAGUGGGUGGGGUUCAGCUGCCAUCUGAUUGGUGAUGAUUGCAACCGGUGGCCUGCUGAGGAUCAACGCAAGGCGUCAGGACUCUCUGAGGUCCAAACCACACAAAGCACACAAACAAAAGAAGAACAAGAGCAAAAAUAAAAGGAGAAGUGAAGUGGUGGUGGUCAAAGGAAGGGUAAAGCUGUGCUCAGUGGCGGGUCUUGUUGCAGUGCUUGGUGUCUUGGUCUUGCUGGGGGGCAUCUUCGUGGCGGCUCUGGGCUACUGGCCUCAUGAUGGACUGUUCUUCCGUGCUCAGCUACAAGAGGGCGCCGCCAUGGCUUCAGUGUCCUCCAGCAGCACCACACCGUCACCUGCUGACAUCCAGGGAGGAGAGAAUGGGGAGGAGCUGGAAGGAGACCGAGGGAUCCACAGAAGAGAUGAGGAUAUCAAUAGAGGAGAUGAAAGAGAUGAGGGGAUCCACGGAGGACAAAAUGAAGACAAGGGGGUCCACAGAGGAGACAGAGGAGACGAGGGGAUCCACGGAGGAGACAAUGGAGAUGAAGGAGGAAUAAACGAUGAAGGCUUUAACCAAACAGAAAUCAUCAAUGGGACGAGACAGCAGCUUCCAAGAGGAUUUCUGGAGGACUUUCUAGACAGGUAUCUGUACUCUGAUAGGCUGAAGGUCCUUGGCCCGCUCAUCAUGGGAAUCGGGAUCUUCCUAUUCAUCUGUGCCAACGCCGUCCUGCAUGAAAACCGCGACAAGAAGACCAAAGUCAUCAACCUGCGGGACAUUUACUCCACUGUCAUUGACCUCCACAGCCUUCGAAAACCCACCACCUCCUCCUCUCCCUGCCCCUCCUCAGCAAAUCCCCUUAACGGCCUCAUUAACUACGUCCAAUCAAAGAGCCUGGAGACGAAGUCCAGGGCUUUCCCCACCUCCCUGCUCAGUAAGAGGGAAGGGGGAGACAGAGGAGGUGUGCUGUCAUCAAGGCAACCUGGAAGCACCAGAGCAGGAGGUGGUGUUGAAGGACGAGUCUUCAGCAUCUACCAGGAGCAGACAGAUGCUCCUCUUCCUCCUCCAUCAUCCCCCUCCUAUGACAGACACUCUCUACCCAGGAGUUUCAGUUCCACAUCCACCUGCUGGACAUCCCAACAGAAGGAGGCACACUGGUCCUUCACAUUACCCCUGCGCCGCCCACACCCUACAUCCACCAGCAGGAGGCACUCCAUAUGGGGAGCAGCAGGGAGAGAGGAGGAGCUGAGGAAGGCUGUGAGAGGAGACCAAUGCGCACCUCCUCCUCCGCUAUGUGCCUCCACCUCUCCUCCAUCAGCACCAGGAGGCUCCCAGGAUCUGCUCCUCCUCUCGUCCUCUUCCCUCACCCCUUCACACCUGUCCCACUCCUCCCUGUCUCACCUCCUCUCCUCCUCCGCCUCCACACCGGCGCCCCCUUGCAGGAGACGGAGCCUGCCAACUGUCAUCAUCAGUGCAGGUUACGGUAAGCUGAUUCACGGAGAGGAAGACUCGUUUGAGUGGUCUUCAUCACAGGGCAGGUCUCAAAGAUCAGAGGAAGUGACAUCACAGAGGAGAUGCUCCAAUGGGGAGGAGUGAGGAGGUGGAGACGGAACGGCCAAUCAGGAGCAGACUUAGCAAUCUAAUGCACAACCCAGACAUCAUGUGACUUCAGGGGGCGAUCAUGUGACGUACCAAUCUAAAACCAAAUGAUGAUGAUGAUGAGUCGUAACAAUAAGGAGUCUUCCAAAUGAAUGACUGUUCCCCUUAUCGAUCAGCUGACUGUCAGCUGAUGUCCUGGAUGAACCAGGUCUGGAGCAGUUCACAACCAGUUAGGACCUGGGUCUAAACCAGUUCGGGCCUAGGCCUGACCCACUUCUUAAUCAUUCUGAGCCAGGUCUAACCAGUUCUAAACCAGUUCUCAACAAUGUCUGCGCUAUUUCUGACCCAUUUCUAUGCCUAUCCUGAACCUGGUCUGAAACAGCUCUGACAUAGUUCUAAACCAGAUCUGAACCAGGUUUGAAACAGCUCUGAUCCAGUUCUAAACCAGUCCUGAACUAGGUUUGAAACAGCUCUGAACCAGUCCUGAAC